AUGUCGAAAAUAUUCAAAACAGGAAUCCACACCUUCGAUGUUCCAGCGAAAAGGUUGACAUUUGAAUAUGUCGUGCAUUGCCCAUCAACCGAAAAGGAAGAUCUACACAGUCUAAUAGUUGUCCAACCCCCCGGCUGGGGAUUAGGAUCUGGCUAUCUCCAGAACGGACUGCGAGCGUUAUGGAGACCAGAAGACUACCCCAGUACCACAAAUACCAGGGGCUAUACAGUGAUCUUCUUCCAUUCCCGCGGAACAAAUGGAUCAUCCAGACCACCGUCAUCCCAGAUGAGCAGUAUGCCUGAUCUUGCCUCGGACUUGGAAGAUCUCCGCCAGUAUCUCCAUCUAGAUCGAUAUCCGGUUUUACUGGGCCACUCGAAUGGCGGAGCGAUUGCCCUGGGAUAUGCAGAGAUGUAUCCCAGUCGUGUCGAAAAGCUCGUUCUCCUGGACCACCAGCUAUUAGGUGUUCAGGAUAAGAGGUUGUUACAGCUGCAAGCGACGCGCAUAGAUCCCCGGUACCAGGAUGCUUGGGAUAGGAUGCUGGAUCGGCAGACUGGAUCCGACGAGGAAUUUACAGAGUCGGUGCGAGCCAUGUGGCCUUUGUACUUUUUUGAUCCGCGGCAGUAUGUACCAGAGCUGCUGCGCGAUAUCGGGGAUCAAAGGUUGUCGGUUUGGUGCUACCAGGCCCAGGGUCGAUGUGACAAAGAAUUGCGGUAUCCCAUGCAAAUGGUAGAGAGGCUUGGUGAUGUACAGGCAGAGACACUUAUUAUAUUUGGCCGCGAAGAUAUGAUAUGUGGGAUAAUAGGGAUUGCAGAGCGGACAGCAAAGAACGUCCAAAAUGCCCGGCUGAUUACCUACGGCGAAUGUGGGCAUUUCCCUUGGAUUGAGAAAAAGGAGCAGACCAUAUGGGAUAUCCGUAAAUUCAUUGAAAAGUAA